AUGUCUUCUUACUCUAAUACCUCCUUUGCUCACGCUUCAUAUUCAAAUUCAUCAAUUUCUUCGUCUUCUACUUAUUCUAAUUCAACGUAUUCUUCAUCUUCUUCUUCUUCUUCUUCGUCUACAUUUUCUCAUAAUGGAGCCGCGAUUGGAUGUGAUUCAUAUUCAGUUGGAUUUCCAAGAAUUACACCGGCACCUGCACCAAUUCAAAGUUCCUGUUUAGCAGUCACUGAAAGUUGUCACCAUGAUUGUCCAAAUGAGACACAGAAACCAGGAUUUUUUACAAAGAUUAUCACAAAGGUUCAAGAAAUUACACAUAAUCAUUAG